AUGAACGCCAACGGGCACCGGCUCCGACUGGAGAUGCCCGCCCACAUGCAGUCGUGGACGGGACGACCGGGCGGUCCGUACGCGCAGGCGGCGGGCGACACCACUCGUGCGAGAGCCGGCCCUCUGCGCGUCGGCAAGGUGCCGGGCGUGCCCAAGCACGAUACGCUCGACGCCUUGCCGAGAGGUGCAGGCAGAGCACCCGCCGCAGGACCGGAGAACGAAGCGGGUGAGAAUACGGCUCACGUUCACGCUCGCACGCCCGGCUCCGGCGACGCCGGCGGUUCGGAAUGUGACGGCAUGGAGAGUCUCUCGGAGAGCCCACGGCAAGGCCGGCAGACCGUGGUGUCCAUGGACGGCGGUCGUUUCUCUCGGGGCGGGGGGUGA